UGGUUUCCAGCCUGGGAGCUGUCAGAGCGUGUGUCAGCAGGGAGCGCAGCCCCCGGAGCCCCCUCCUCCGCGCCGCCCCCCGAGCCUGCUUGCCUCUUGCGACCCCCCGCAUCCCCCCACGCCGUGCCCCGGGCCCGGAGCCGAGGGGCCCGCGUGGACAUGAAGGCUGCUCGGAAAAGUUUGAUUCCUGUACGAACCCUGGACAGCCCAAGCAUGUCAGACAGUGACCUGGGUGAGGAGGAAGGGCUGACCUCCCUGGAUCUGACCCAGGCAGGCAAGAGGAAGAGGAGAGGGAACCUCCCAAAGGAAUCUGUGAAGAUUCUCCGAGAGUGGCUGUAUGAGCACCGCUUCAAUGCCUACCCCUCAGAACAGGAAAAGCUGAGCCUCUCUGGGCAGACAAGCCUGUCCGUGCUACAGAUUUGUAACUGGUUCAUCAAUGCACGACGGCGGCUUCUCCCAGAUAUGCUGAGGAAGGAUGGCAAGGACCCCAACCGUUACACCAUUUCCCGGCGUGGUGGCAAAGCAGCUGAUAUGGCCGUGCCCCGGGGUUCAAGUCCCACCCUGAUGCCAGGGUCCGCUCAGGCCCCCUCCAAAGUGCUGUCACUGUCUGUGUGCUCCUCUGCACUCUGUUCCUCUGCAUCCCCAGUGAGGGCUCACCUCCCUGGCCCUGGGGCUGAGAAUGAAAGUGCACCAACCCCUUCUUUGGUUAGUGGGGAGCCACAGCCCCUCCCAGGCACUGGCAGCACACUCACCCUGCUGGCCAGGGCACAGGCUGGAAGCCCAACCAGUGGACUGUUUAACACACCACCUCCCACACCCCCAGAGCACUAUGGAGAUGACUUUAGCAGCUUCCAAUUGCUGGUGGAGGUGGCCCUACAGAAAGCAGCUGAGCUCGAGUCACAGAAAAAAGAUCUAUUUCCUCCUUCAUGGCAUGCCGAGCUUCCUUUGGUAGCCAGUAACCCCAAGUAGUCCUUGAAAGGGCCUUCAAGACUUGGUAGAAGACAGUUGCCCCUCUUCUUUGUUUUUUUUACUGUUCAUUGUGUUGUUUGGGGUCUUUCCUUUUACCUAUCAGGGUCUCUCCCACCUGUUGGGAUUGCCUUCUCUGCCCAGACAGGUUCUCCCAAUGGGAACACUUGGGUGUUGCACACUGUGACCCAGACCACCUCUUAUCUCUCACCUGCUCCACUCCCAACAGAGGGAUCAUCUGCAGGCUAGGAGAAGUUGGACCAAGAAAUCUCAGACGCAUGUUGAGGUCAUCUCCUGCACAUCCGGCUCUGGGAACACGAUGCUUCUGUCUCCAAGAAUUCCCAUUUUGUCGUACAUUCUGCCCUUGGGCACCCUACUGACUGCUUCAGCCUAGUUUCUCCCUAAAUCCAUUCCGCCAAACAGGACCAUGUACAGGGCCUGGGAUUAUCCUAUUCCUAGCCCCCUUUUCAUCUCUACUGACUGGCAGGACUACAGAGAUCCAGACAAAGAAAGUUAAACACUAUCUUGGGGGGACUGGUGACCAGGUUCAGGAAAAAAAAAUAUCCAAAGGGGCUUUUUGGUUUUUUUGGGGGGGGAAACGUGUUUGUUUUUGUUUUUGCUCCUGUGUCUUUCUCGAGACAAAGGUUUGCAAGACCUAGCAGAUAGCUGGAGUGAUCCAAAUUACAUGAGGCUGUGGAGUUGGUGAAUAUUGUUUAGCCUUACUCCUUGGCAAGAAGGGAUAAAGGAUCUCUUGAGAUUGGGCGACUUUUCAAAAUUUUAAUUAAAAAAAAUAAUACCUUGACUUGUAAGGUAGUCAUUGUCCUGGAAACCUGGGCUAAAGUGGAACGUGUUGCUUCCCCCCCCCCAAAAAAAAUCCUGGGCCAUCUAGUAGUUGGUCUGGUUAUACUCCCUAAUGCUUUCUUUUGAAUCCAGUUUGGUCAGCUUCUCUCACUACCCACUGCAGUUCUUGCUGAUAAGGUCAAUGGGACCUGGGGAGCAGGAGGUUGGGCAGAAGAUGGAGGUUAAAUUUGGAAAUUAUAUGGUAAAGUGGUUACAGAUAAGUGUUGCACCUUUUCUUCUGAAUUCUAGCUGCAGGGGCUUUGGCUUUCUGAGCACCUCUGAAAUAGGUCACUGUUAGUCUUAUUGAUUUCCUCCCCUCUCCCCAUUUUGAUUUUUUAAAAAAUAUUGCUAUUUCAUGGUUUACUAUGUUAAAUAGCAAUAGGUACCAGCUUAUAUGUAUUGAAAAACACUAAUCCUAGGUUUAGACUGAGUAUUCUUUUGUAUGAAUAAUAUUAAUGUCAGUAGAAGAAGAUGGGAGGGAGCACUCCUCAGCCCAUACGUUAGAUGGAUGGGGUGAUUGUGUGGAGUGAGACUCUGAAGAGCAGGGAGGGAAGAGACCCAUAGAGUCCCCCUGUUUCUCCUGCUUCUUGAGCCAGACUUCCCCCUCCCAUCCCCCAUCCAUUCCUUGUCUCUUUUCCAGACCCAGUUUCUAGCUCGGCUCUGAUUUCCGUAAGCCUGGAUUAAGUUUAAAUAAGAUCACAGAACUCCAGUGCUGGGGCCACUGGGAAAGGCUGUUGGCAGGGAGAGAGGGAGAAUGGCUUCCACAGUGCACUAUGCAAUGGGGGUGGGAGUCAUGCUGCUGGACCCUGUUAGUCAUCUCUUGGGAUGAUGGGGGAGGCUGUGGGUUGGUUAAGUUGGACUGUGUCUGGGUUUUUGAUUUUAUGUCUAAAGUGUGAGGGAGAGAUACUUCUCUCCAGUUGAACUGAGCAAAAAAAAAAA